AUGAAUAUUGAAUCAACAUGUCAUAAAUGUAUAAUCUAUAAUGAUCAUACUAAAACAAUCGAAGAAUACAUAUCAAAAAAUCUAUCAAGCUGUCAAUAUCCAGAAGCUAAAAAUAAUUUAAAUGGACUUUUCAAUAUCAUAUGGGAUUAUUAUAUUUCAGAAUAUAAACUAAUGUCAUCACCUAUAUACCUUCAUAAUGUUAACAAAUACAGUGAAUAUGUAGAUGAUCAAAAUUUUAAAAAUAGAAUAUUUAUAGAAAAAAUAUCAUAUAAUAAUUUUAAAAAAAUGUUAGAAAAUGAUCAAAAAAAUAUUAUAGAUUAUUGUGAAGCAGGAAAAUAUAAAAAAAUGAUUAAUGAUCAUGAACAAUUAAAAAAAUAUAAUUUUGAAUUACAUACAAUAUGA